GGUGUUUAAUGUUUUAUCUUUUGUUAGAAUCUACUACAAACCAAAAUUGACUUGCAAUGCAUAAUUUGAACUUGCACAGGCAGCAUCGACACUCUACGGUCCUCAUACACUUUCAGCAUAUAUCCAAGAAUUCAAAAAAGUUGCAAAAUCAAUGGCAACAGGAGACCCGAUUGUUCAGAUAGGGCUAUUUCCGCCGAAUCUCUCCUCUGUCCUAUGGAGCUUCUUAAGUAACCUUACUGGUGACUCGCCUCCACCAGGCAAACACUUCGGCGACAUUAAGCAAGACAUAACUCCACCAAAGAGAGGCUCAUUUAGAAAGGGGGAUAGGCCAAGUGCCACCUUUUGGACUGCAAACCCGAGAUAUGACCUGUUAACAGAAGGCACCUUUGCAAGCGUGGAGAUGCUUCAGGGGAAAGCAUGGGUACCAACCUAUGAUGAUGAUGAUUUUUGCUUGUAUUUUAAGUGGAAACAAGAUAACAGUUACAUUUACAGCUUAGCAACCAUUGAAUGGGAAGUGCCAGAAGAGGCUAGCCCUGGAACUUACCGGCUGAGGCACUUUGGGUCAUCAAAGAAAACAGAGGAAUCCCCCAACCAGUACUUCACCGGUGCAUCCAGUGCAUUUACAGUGUCUUGAAAGAAGAUGCAAAGCAAAG